AUGGAGACAAUUAAAUCUCUUGUUGAGGAAUGGCUUCGCCUAGAUAAGAAUCCUAUAACACGCUUAGAAAUAGAAAAGCUUUAUGCCGAAGGAAAUGUUGAGGAACUAGAAAAACGCCUUCGCACGAGGAUAUCAUUUGGUACUGCUGGAUUGCGAUCUAGUAUGGAAGCAGGAUUCUCGAGGAUGAAUGAUCUCACUGGACUUUGCAUGUACCUUCUUGAUACUAUACCAAAUGCAAUUGUCAAGGGUGUUGUGAUUGGGCAUGAUCAUAGACACAAUUCAGAAACAUUUGCAAGAUUAAGUGCAGCUGUAUUUUUAUCAAAAGGGUUUAAAGUUUAUUUUUAUCGUGAGUUGGUUCACACUCCACUGGUGCCUUAUGGUGUCAAAAAAUUGAAAGCUGCCUGUGGGAUCAUGAUUACUGCUUCACACAAUCCCAAGCAAGAUAAUGGUUAUAAAGUGUAG